AUGUAUGGAAGCAUUGAAGUGACGCUUCAUAAGCAAAAAUAUGCCUCAUUGGGUAUAACCGUCUCCGGGGGUGUUGAUCGUGGAUACCCCCCCCGCAUCACCACCAUCAAACCCGGAUCCAUAGCUGACAAAAGUGACUGCAUCCUUGUCAAUGAUGUGAUAAAAUCAAUAAAUGGAGCAGCAACCGCCAAUUUAACCCACGAACAGAUUGUCAAACUUACCAAGAAUGCGGAUGCUACAAUUCGCUUGGGAUUAGAGUACGUUCUCACCGACUCAGUGAAAGCAGCCACCACGAAGCAUGCCUUUAUUCAUUUGGAACCAGCCAAUGAGUCAUUUGGGAUAACUGUUCGUGGUGGACUGUCUCCAAUGGGUAACGGAGUAUUUCCCCUCACCAUUUGUCGAAUUCGACCCAAAAGUUGUGCUGAUUUAAACGGCUGUCUUAAACAGGGCGAUCGACUAUUGGCUAUUGACGGUGUGCAGACUUGUGGAUUAACCUGUGAGGAGUCUAUGAAACUUCUUGCCUGCUAUCGCAGUGGCAUAUCUCUAUUCAUUGAAUACGAUGUCGCUGAUGUUGGUGCUGAUGGUCGUCAAGGUACCGGUCCAUUUGAAAUUGACAUUGAGAAGCUGCCAUCGGAACGGUUGGGGGCAAAUGUCGUGACCUUUGGUGAUCCAUUGCAAGGCACUAAACGCCUUCUAAUCAGUCACAUUCGAGAUGGUAGCAUUGCUGACAGAUGUGGAGCGCUACAAGUUGGUGAUUUGAUCGAAUCAAUAAAUGGGAUGAAGUCCAGCGAACUGACCCUUCAAGAGGCCAUUGGUCUUCUCAGCGACUCCGCCUCACGUUCCAUUAAAUUGCAUAUUCUUCCAUGUCCAGAAAUUCGUAAGUUUUUUAGUAAUAUCCUUGACCUACAGUAA